ACGAAGCGCGGCAAUUGCGAGCAGAGUCGGGGGGGCGGGCACCUCUUCGAGGCCGCCCGCCCCUCGCCACUGCAAAGAUCUCUCCUCCAAUUCCUUCCUCCUUCCAGAUCUUCCUCUCUUUUUGUUUCCACCGAUCGAGGAUCGGCCACCGACCACCAACACCAAAACACGACGCACACACGCCGCCGCAAAGCCAGCGCGCAGCACAUCCACGCUUGGCUUGGAAACAAGGGAAGAGAGGAGAGAAAAGAAGGGAAAACUUCCUCUUUUCUUGUUGGGUUGGACGGGAAGAAGGAAAAGAGGCUGAGUGGAGUGGAGUUUUAGUAUAUCCUUUGCUUCCCUUCGCCGGAAUUUCUCCUCCGUUUGGAUCGAUCGACCAAAGCAAUCUCGAUCGAUCCAAGGAGCCAAGAGCACAGCUGCUAUGCCCAAGUUUCUCUCAACCUCAAGCUCAAGCUCUUCCCAGGAUCGCUAGAACUGCAGGGAAGACUCCAUGCCUUGAUGAAUCCCGGCGAAGUUUUCCUGGACGAAGCGCGCCAGUUCUACGCGGGCUUCCGCAAGAGCUACAACAAUGCCUUGUACCACUCCCAGCAACAGCAGCAAGCGAUCGAUCUUCGCUACCACCACCAAGACCACCAGAUGAUCGCCACCACCAUGGAUCCCAACCUCUGGUCGCACCUCCCGGACGACCUCCUCGACCGGAUCCUCGCCUGGCUGCCCAUCGACGCCUUCUUCCGCCUCGCCACCCUGUGCCGCCGCUGGUCCCGCCUCGCCACCUCCAAGAGCUUCCACGACCUGUGCGCCACCGUCCCCUCCACCGCCAUCCUCUUCGUCAAGAUCAUCGCCUGCGACUGCCAGCAGCUCCUCACCACCUUCAGCCCCGCCGCCAGCCGCUGGUACAAGCUCCCGCUCGCCUUCCUCCCCCCAAACGCCGGCCUCCCCGUUGCCACUGCUCGAGGCCUCCUGUGCUUCACCAAUCACUUCCAAGGCUACAACAACGACGAGUACACCGCCCUCUUCGUCUGCAACCCCCUCACCAAGGCCUGGCGCGAGCUCCCGCCGAUGCUCUUCCACCACCGUCCCACGCUCGUCACCAUGGUCGCCGACGCCGCCACCAAGUCCUACAAGCUCGUCGUCGCCGGCCGCUGGACCACCGAAGUCUACAGCUCCGCCACGAACUCCUGGAAGCGCUCCGCCUGCCUUCCUCGCGGAGAGGAGAUCUCCCGCAACGUCGCACUGUGCAAUGGAGUGCUCUACUGCCUCACCCCGCGCUGGUACAAUUGCUCGCUGCUCGCCUUUAGCCUCCAGCACGAGACCUGGAUCAAGAUCAAGACCGGGAGGCUGCCGGGAUACUGCCAGUUUCGGAACUUGGUGGAGUGCAGCGGCCAGGUUGCCAUCGUCGGGAAGUGUGUCCGCCACCAGGUGUUCACCAUCUGCGUGUGGUUCCUGGACCAGCGGAGCUUGAAGUGGCGGGAAGUUGGCCGGAUGCCAAAGGUGAUGGCGGAGCACUUCCUGGUCAUGCCGUCGGAGAGUUUCUACUGCUCGGGCAUCCGAAACCUCGUCUUCCUCACGCGGGACAACUCGCACGACGGCGUUUUGUUUGACAUCUCCACCAAGUCGUGGAGGUGGGUGCCGGACUGCCCGAACUUGGAAGGCAUGGCGUUUGAGCCCCGGCUGGAUGCUGUGCCGUAGCCUCUUCUUUUCUCUCUCUCUCUCUCUCUUUGUUGUUCUUAUGAUUCUUCCAUUGAAUUCAUCGAUUGUAAUCUGCAAA